AUGUUGUGGUGCCAGGCAUGGGAAAGGGCGAGAGAUUACUGGAUGAGCCACGACGAAAUCAAGUGGCUUGUGGACGAGACCUUCGAUUUUGCCUGGCAGAAUGCAAGGGCCCAUGAUCUUUGGGUUCCAGUAAUAGUGGGCCUCGAGGUAUGCAGGGCCCAACAAGAGGGCGAGUUCAUUGAGGCUUCCAUGGAUAGGGCAAUUUGUGCCCAAUACUUGGUGCCCUUGUCGCACCUAAUGUCCUCCCUCUUUUCCACAGAGGAGUACAAACAAAGAAGUUCAAUAUACGACACUUUUUUAGGAGAAAAUUUGGGAAGAUUAGGGUGGAGGAGAAAAAAAAAAAGACAAGGAGAAGAAGGCGUGCGGUAUAUGCUCGAGAAAUACGAGUCAUGUGGGUGCUCUUUUAUCUACGAUCCCUAUGUGUGGCCAUACUUUUCAUGA